AUGCAACAGUUGCUGGGUGGCAAAACUGCUACUUUUGAUCAGUCUUUUCUUCGCCAGUUAUUCCUCCAGUGCUUGCCUCCAAACGUACGUAUGGUUCUCGCCUCUACUAAGGAUGAUGAGGAUCUUGAGUCUCUGGUUUCUUUGGCUGACAAAGUGGUGGAAGUAGCCUCACCUGCUGUUAAUGAAGUACAAACCACAGAACUCUCCACAGAGGUAAAACAGCUACGUAGUGAUAUUGCUACUCUCAAAAAGCUUGUGACGUCCCUCUCUGAUACAAGGCACCCUCGUUCUUUUAGACGCCGUGCUCCCAGCCCAGCUUCACCUGAUAGACCCACUACCUUAUGCUGGUACCACGCCCAAUUUGCUGAGAAGGCCACAAAGUGCACCAAACCUUGCUCUUGGUCUCAGGAAAAUGUACAGGCCAAUCGUUUAUGGCGACUGGCGCCUUCGGCCAAAGUACUAGUGCCUCUUUUUUGUGUUGGAAAGAUUUUCUCAUCUCAGGUACUUGGUGGAUAUGGGAGCUGA